UGAAAAAUAAUGAGCGAGUGGCUGAUUCUCGCUGCCAUUGUCGCAUAUGUGGUUUGCUUGAAAUGUAUUUAUUAUCGAUAUCGGUGGUCUUUAAAAGAGCCGUUCGAACAUGUUCUGAAUGUUGUACAGUCCCGGGAAAGAAACGGAGGUGACAUUAAAGCUCUAAUUGUAACUGCACACCCAGAUGACGAAUGCAUGUUUUUUGGACCAACGAUCAUACGACUUGUCGAGUUUAAAGUCAACGUCCACUUGAUGUGUUUAUCUCAAGGAGACUACUACCAUCAAGGUGCUCAACGUAAACAAGAACUUUACGACAGCUGUGCUAAACUGGGCAUACCAUCCUCCAGAAUCACCAUCAUAAACCACAAGAAACUUCCAGACGAUCCCAAAGUCGAAUGGAGCAUCUCCUUGGCUGCCUCUAUAAUUGCGAAACACUUGGAAGCUCACUCUGUCAACAUGGUGCUGACCUUCGAUGGAAGAGGAGUGAGUGGCCAUGCCAACCACAUAUCCAUCUAUAAAGCUGUCAGGCACCUUGUUUACACUGACCAAGUACCCAAUGACUGUUGUUUUCUCUCCUUGGUGACUGUUGGCCUGCUCCGGAAGUAUGUUUCUUUCUUGGAACUUCCUUUCAGCUGGCUGCUGCCCUCCUCCCUCUGCUGUAUGAAUGGCUCGGAUGGCUAUAGCCAAUGCAAAGCUGCCAUGCUUUGUCAUCGCACUCAACUCGUCUGGUUUCGUUAUCUGUACGUCACCUUCUCAAGAUACAUGUACAUCAACACAUUCCAAAUGAUUCCACAAGCACCAAAGUGUCACAAAAUGUAUUAGAAGUUGCUCUAAUGUAUCCAUUUUUCUUUACACCUUGUUAAUAAGUCAUAAAUCUGAUAAACCUUUUUUAGGUCAACUUUGUAAUAAAAUGUACAAAUGCA